CCGGGGCUCUCGCGCCGCUCGGGUCUGGCCGGAACGCCGCCCGCAGGAGGCGCCGCCAGCGGCCGGACGCGGAGGGGCGUUCGCCACCGGGGCCGCGGAGAGCGUCGGCGCGGCCGGUCCCCGCCUUCCCGGGUCGAGCGUCCCCGCGCCCGGUCCCCCUGGGCGCCGUGGCGUUGCCCCGGAGCCCGCCGCCCGCGGGGCGCGCACCGCCUUGACCCGGGCGGCCCCGCGGCAGGCAGGCGCCCGCAGUUCCAUGGUGGGUUCGGAGCGCGAUGAGCCGCCCGUCCUCCACCGGCCCCAGCGCUAGCAAACCCUGCAGCAAGCAGCCGCCGCCGCCGCAGACCCAGCACGCUCCGUCCCCGGCAGCGCCCCCGGCCGCCGCCACCAUCUCGGCUGCGGGCCCCGGCUCGUCCGCGGUGCCCGCCGCGGCAGCGGUGAUCUCAGGCCCCGGCGGCGGCGGCGGCGGGGCCGGCCCGGUGUCCCCGCAGCACCACGAGCUGACCUCGCUCUUCGAGUGCCCGGUCUGCUUUGACUAUGUCCUGCCCCCCAUCCUGCAGUGCCAGGCCGGGCACCUGGUGUGUAACCAAUGCCGCCAGAAGUUGAGCUGCUGCCCGACGUGCAGGGGCGCGCUGACGCCCAGCAUCAGGAACCUGGCUAUGGAGAAAGUGGCCUCGGCGGUCCUGUUUCCCUGCAAGUACGCCACCACGGGCUGCUCGCUGACCCUGCACCACACGGAGAAGCCGGAGCACGAGGACGUCUGUGAGUACCGCCCCUACUCCUGCCCGUGCCCUGGAGCCUCCUGCAAGUGGCAGGGCUCGCUGGAGGCCGUGAUGUCCCACCUCAUGCACGCCCACAAGAGCAUCACCACGCUGCAGGGCGAGGACAUCGUCUUCCUGGCCACGGACAUCAACCUGCCGGGGGCCGUGGACUGGGUGAUGAUGCAGUCCUGCUUCGGCCACCACUUCAUGCUGGUGCUGGAGAAGCAGGAGAAGUUUGAGGGCCACCAGCAGUUCUUCGCCAUCGUCCUGCUCAUCGGCACCCGCAAGCAGGCCGAGAACUUCGCCUACAGACUGGAGCUGAACGGGAACCGCCGGAGACUGACCUGGGAGGCCACGCCGCGGUCCAUCCACGACGGCGUGGCCGCGGCCAUCAUGAACAGCGACUGCCUGGUCUUCGACACGGCCAUUGCACAUCUUUUUGCGGAUAAUGGGAACCUGGGAAUCAAUGUGACGAUUUCCACCUGCUGCCCGUGAGGCGCCGCGAGGCCGGGGCACAGUGCUCGGUGUUAGUGACGUUUCCCUAGGUGUGUUACUCGACAGGGCUUCACAAGGCAGGACCCACGUUACCGCUUCUGUUUGAGCACCUCUCCACCUGGCCUCAACCCGGCCAGUUCACUGCCUGGUGGACAGGUGCCUGCCCGUCAUCGGGAGGCUGCCCCGCCCCCCAGUCAGCUCUCCUGGGAAACCUCUCACUUCCUGAACAGCACUUGGCAGGUUGCUUGGGCCCCAGAGACCAGAAUAGAGGUUGGAGCCUCCUUCCUGCCUGCCUCCCUGUGGUGGUCCCCAUGUUGGCCAGAGCUGGGUGACCAUCCCUUGUUUUUAGGGGCAGGAAUCGUCUUUACGCAUUUGAACAGUAUCUCUCAAACUGCAGGACUGACCAGCAUAGACAGAAUCCCUGGGAGAGUUGGUCCCACAGUGCAGAUUUGGGAAGUCCCUGAGUUUUAAGUCUCACCAGGUGAUGCUUUUCAAUGAUCAAGUUUGAGAAUUACUGGCUUAAUCACAGACAGGGUCCAGAUUUUAAAGGUGCUUUAAGAUUGCCCCCCCAUGCUGGCUGUCUGUCUACCGUUUCGGCCCCGCCCCAGUUAAAGCAGAGGGACAGGCCACAGGCGCUCCCUCCUGACCGGCCGUCGGUGGGAUGCGGGGAAGGAAAGCAGGUCUUGUGCGGUGGUCGUUCUCGGUCAUUCGUUCCCGCUCACCACUGGUGCAGAUGACCGUCUGCCCAGCUUCCCUCGCCGUCCUCCUCGACUAGCUGGUGGAAGACUAGGUCAGGCUUGGAAAGCUCUGUCACCGGGUCCCGUGCUUGCUAUUUAAAGGUAUGUGUUGGUUGUAUGGUUGUUUUUUUGUUUUGUUUUGGUUUGGUUUUUGCCACAUUCAUUUUAGUUUUUUAAUAAAUAUUUUCCAAAAA